ACACCAACCUCGAGAGAUAUGAUGCUACGGCUACGGGCACCGGCUCAUGGUCGUGGUCUGUUUGCUGCGAGCCAAGCCGUGGUCCUUGGUUCCACUCCUUGGAUUGCAUCACACCCAGGCGAGCAGGGAAUGUGUGGCAAGGCAGUGACUUGGACUGCACUGUGGUUUCCAUGGGCAACACUGCAGCUGUUGCCGUCUCCUGUCCGAAGUGGUGCAGCACCAGGGAGAGGGGAGGCAGUUUCUGUUAUGGCGACAAAUACCGUAUUAUGAGCGACGCAUUUCCUAACUUACCGGCAAACAUGACGGACGAAAGAAGAGACCGACUCGGUCAGCGACCUUUUUCGGAAGGUACGGGGACGAAUGUUUGCCCUUCCUUCGUGCGUGGUAUCGACUACCUACGCAAUCCUCAGCUUAAUAAGGGCAUGGCGUUCACCCUGGAGGAGCGCCAACUGCUGGGGAUCCACGGCCUGAUCCCGCCCCGCUUCAAGACCCAGGAGGAGCAGCUCGAGCUGUGCAGGAUCAAUGUGGAGCGCUAUCCGGAGGACCUCAACAAGUACAUCUACCUCAUGGGGCUGCAGGAUCGCAACGAGCGCCUGUUCUAUCGCUUCAUGUCUGAGAACGUGGAGCAGUUGAUGCCCAUUGUGUACACCCCGACGGUGGGCCUGGCCUGCCAGAAGUUCGGUCUCAUCUACAGGCGACCCAGGGGCCUCUUCAUCACCAUCCACGACAAGGGCCACGUCUACGACAUUCUGCGCAACUGGCCCGAGUCGGACGUGCGUGCGAUCGUGGUGACGGACGGUGAGAGGAUCCUCGGCCUGGGCGACCUGGGUGCCUACGGCAUGGGCAUCCCCGUGGGCAAGCUGGCGCUGUACACGGCGCUGGCCGACAUCAAGCCCUACCAGUGCCUGCCCGUCACGCUGGAUGUGGGCACCAACACUCAGAAACUGCUAGACGACCCACUGUACAUAGGGCUGCGACAGAAACGGGUCACAGGGCAGGAGUACGAUGAUUUCAUCGAUGAGUUCAUGCAGGCAGUUGUAAGGCGCUAUGGCCAGAAUACGCUUAUACAGUUUGAAGACUUCGCCAACCACAAUGCAUUCAGAUUUCUGGACAAAUAUCGAGACAAGUACUGCACGUUCAACGAUGACAUCCAGGGAACGGCUUCAGUGGCAGUUGCUGGUCUGCUGGCCUCUUUGCGCAUCACCAAGACUACCCUCUCGCAGAACGUUAUUCUUUUCCAAGGGGCUGGUGAGGCGUCCCUGGGCAUCGCCGACCUGUGCGUCAUGGCCAUGCGGAAGGAAGGCACCUCGGAGGAGGACGCGCGGGGCAGGAUAUGGAUGGUGGACUCCAAGGGCCUGAUAGUGAAGGACCGGCCGGAGGGAGGCGUGGCCGGCCACAAGGUGUACUAUGCCAAGGCCCAUCCCCCCAUGAAGGACCUGGAGGAGAUUGUGAAGAAGAUCAAGCCGACUGUCCUCAUCGGUGCUGCUGCUAUUGGGGGCGUGUUCACUCCCCGGCUUCUGAAGGAGAUUGCUGCCAUAAACCAGAGGCCAAUCAUAUUCGCUCUCAGCAACCCCACCCACAAGGCAGAGUGCACUGCUGAGCAAGCAUACACCCACACGGAGGGCCGAGCAGUGUUUGCCAGCGGCUCACCGUUUCCUCCGGUGACGUACAACGGGAAGACCUUCUACCCAGGGCAAGGCAACAACUCGUACAUCUUCCCUGGGGUGGCCCUGGGGGUGAUCUGUGCAGGAGUGAGACACAUCAGUGACGAGGUGUUCCUGAUCGCUGCCCAGGCACUGGCGAACUUGGUGACGCCCGCUGACCUCGAUCUGGGCGGCUUGUACCCUCCGCUCAGCAAGAUCAAGGAGUGCUCCAUUGAGAUCGCCACCAAGAUCGCAGAAUACGCAUACGACCAAGGUGUGGCCUCGUUCUACCCGGAGCCUACAAACAAAGGGAAGUUUGUGAGGAGCUGCCUGUACAACUACACUUACGAAAAGUCUGUGCUGCCAACCACGUUCUCCUGGCCAGAAAUAAAUUAAUCAAGGUGCAUUAAAUUAAUCUAUGUACUGUAAAAAAAAAAGUUAAAAUUUUUAAGCUGUGAGGGUUUCACUUAUUUUAUUCAGUGAUAUCUUAAAUAUGUUUGUUAUGUAUAUAAUAGUUUAAAAAUUAAAUGACAUACAGUAUUUAUUAAAAAUGUGUAAUUUCUGGUACAUUAUUUAACAUAAAAUACGUUCCGAUUUUUGCAGUUUUGCUCUUGUCAGAGAAGGAAUUGGGAAAUAGACAUAGUACAGAGAAAUAAUGAACACUGAAUGGUAUAUGCAAAUGGGGGAAUAGAUGAGGUAAAAUGGCUGGGGAGAGGGAGAUAAGGCUAGAGAAGGUGCAGAGACAGAGUAAAAAAUAGUUAAUACUUAAUAGCUAGAUAACAAGAUUGUAUGUUUUUAUUUUUUAUGAAGAUGGUGGCAUUAUUCAACAUAGUACAAGAUGUGAAGAUAUUACUCAAUACUUAUUUCAGUUCUAAAAAUUGUUUCUUGAUUUUAGAAUAUCAAACAGUAAAUUGGUAUUGUUUUAAAAUAAUAUUUGGUGUUAUAAAAAAAAACCUUAUGUUUGAAACACAAAAUAAACAUAACAGGAAAUUUGUUUUAAGAAGUUGAAUUAGAAGACUGGUAAUAGUUGUAAGUCAAAUCCUGUUGUCAAUUACUAGCUAAAAUAAUAUUUUCUCUACAAAAAACUCGAAGAGGAAUAAGUAAUUUAAAAGGCUGACAAGAAUAUUAUUACAGUAAACCAAUUUCACAAGAAAAUAACAAUUCUGUAAAGUUGAAUCAAGAGAUGAAAUAAGGAUAAUCCGGAGGCAAACUGAAAGAAGAGCAUUGACCGGAGUACUCCAGUUUCCAUUUCGAGGGCCCAAACCACGAAGGAAGGAUGUGAGGCUGCAGCAGCCAAUUUUGCAGACUCGCUCGUCUAGGGAGGUUGACUCCCACUUGCUGACCUUUUCAACUCUCUUGCAGAUGUCGGAAGGGCACCUACGGUUUGUCACAAGCGAGUAUCACAAGUACAUAGAGAUAGAGUGAAUAAAAGAUGUAUCAAACUGUUUUGUUAAAGUAAAAACCAUUUAAAGAAAUUACUAAUCUCUUUUAAAUCAAUUUGCUUAUUUUGAUUGGUAAGACUGCUAAGAUCAAUUAAAUUUUUUUUUGGUUCAAUUGAGUAAAUGUUACAUGAAAGCACCAUGAAUUCAGAUUUUUUGUUUAUAGUUAGCUUUGCUAAGCUGUAACAUAAUAGUUUAAUGUAUUUGAAUGCUUUGAAUUUCAAAGUUGAAACCAGAUAUAUCUAUGUUGCAGAUUGUUUGAAUUUGAGAAAUAUACUUUUAUUUUGAUUGAAUUUGUGUACUAAACGCAGUGGUAGAGUUCGCCGCUGAGAAAAGCCGAAAUUAAAGAUAGUCACACACAGACUUAGUAAAUAUUAGUCAAUUUGUUGUGUUAACUGAGAUUCAACUGAAGAACUGAGAUGUGAGAAUGGGGAGAUUAAUUUUGUGUUAUUGUCAAAUUAUAUUUUGAUAACUUUGGAAUAAAUUUAAUAAUUUCGACCCUCAUUUGACCCUAUAGUUUUCAGAAUACAGUGAUAUUUGAACGUGGUAAUAGCCACAUUUUACCUGGAACAGCCAGCAACCGACUGGAUGGAUGUGUGUGUGCAGGCAGAAAUGGCGGACCGGAUUCAUGCAUGCUACUCGCAACUUAACCUCUGGAUGCAUAAUUAUGCAAAUUGUCAAAUGCAUCAUGAUGCAAAUAGUUGAUGCAUCAUAAUGCAUCAGACCAUCUGCAUCAUGAUAUACCAGGUAAAUGCAUCAUUAUUAUUAUGCAGCCAGACUAAUUCAUCAUGAUUCAGAUGGUCAGAGGCAUCUUGAAGCAGACAGAACGCAAGCCAGCCAGCAGCUUACCUGACGGAUGCAUGCUUGCAGACAACCAUCAAGAGACCAGAAUGCAGAAAGCCAGCCGACUAGAUGAAUGAUGCAGAUUGUUGGUAGUAUCAUGAUGAAGACAGUGAGUCAGAAGCGACUGGAUGAUACUAUUAAGAUAGCCAGCCGACUGAAUGGAUGCAAGCAUGCAGACAGCUAGCGGGACGGGACGGGACGGGACGGGACGGGACGGGACGGGACGGAGUCAGCCAGCCGCCUGCGAUUGUAAUGUUAUUGACUAUGGGUAUUUAUGUUCUAUCACAAAUCAAAACAGCACAAAAUGUCACGGCUGUCUGCAGAUAAGGGAACACAUCCAUGUUAAAAACAGACCAGUGUGUGAGGCAUGCUGUGUGUUACAGAAGUUUAUAGCCACUUCCCUGGUGCAUCAAGUAGCCUGCCCAGCCCAUCUGCUCGCCAGGAUACGUCCGUCACACAUCCCCUGGAGUUAAAGCGGACGCUAUUUAACAAGUGGUACAUACUAUGUUACAUAACAGCUGGAAGAGUGCAUACAAGUGAUAAUUACUUGAAUAACAUUUUACUGCUGUUAUUUAAUAUAAUAAGCACAUCUGCAGAAAAUUUAUUGAGUAAACAAAUGUGAGGAAGAUAUUUGUAUAAUGUAAAGAAAAACACAUGUCAUGCAAAAUGUAAAUUGUUACUUACUGACAAUGACAUAUGGAUAUGUAUUUUGCCGGUGCAAAUAAAUGGUAAUAAAUUGAA